UGAAGCGACGCUCACGUGCGUCACUUCCGGGUUAAGCCUCCCAUCUGAUUCGCUACUGUCCUCUGAUCAGCAACAAAAACAAGCAGGGCGACCUGGAGAGCGCUGGGUGUCGGGAAGAAGAAUGGCUGUUCUGUGACCGUUAGUGUCCAUGUGACCAUUACUCCAGCAACUGGAGGCUGAAACAUAACGUUGCAGUUGUGGAGGUGUUUGGCGUCCAGAGCUGGACAGCACUAGGACCUUCAACUGUGAGGUGAAGAGACGAAAGGAAAGAUGGAGAUGGACAUGGAGGAUGAAAUGGGACGCACUCUAGUUCAGGUCAUCAGUGAGAAGUACAACCCAGACAACUUCCCGUACUGCCGUGGGCCUGGUGCCGGUGUGGUGAUCCGCACCAGUCCUCAGGGUUCUCCUGUCAAAGAUCGUCUAAAUCUGCCCAGUGUGCUGGUUCUGGAUAGCUGUGGAAUAAGUCAGGCUGGAGAUGAGGAGGAAGUGGCGACAUUCUGCGCUCAUGUGGUGGAGUUGGAUCUGUCUCACAACCAGUUCAGAGAUUGGGGAGAGAUCAGUAAGAUUCUGUCUAACAUCCCUCAUUUGGACUUUCUCAAUCUGAGCAUGAAUCCUCUGAAGGGCUCCAGCCUGGAGCCUGGGGCCGCCGAAGCCUUCUCAGGCCUCCGCCGCCUCGUCCUCAACAACACACACGUCUCCUGGGACAUGGUGCACAUGCUCACGCAAGAGAUCCCUGAACUGGAGGAGCUCUUCCUGUGCCUGAAUGACUACGAGUGUGUGAAUUUGUCACGGGUGCCCUGCCCAUCGCUGCACCUGCUGCACAUCACCGAUAAUCUGCUGCAGGACUGGAGCGAGGUGCGUAAACUGGGCCUCCUGUACCCACGUCUGACAUCGCUCAUCCUCGCUAAUAACUCUCUCUCCUCCAUCCACGAGCCUGAGGACUCACUGCAGUGCCUGUUCCCUAACCUGCACAGUAUCAACCUGCACAACUCAGGUCUGAAUCACUGGGAGGACAUUGAGAAGCUCAAUUUCUUUCCAAAGCUUCGGGAGGUUCGUCUAAUGGGCAUCCCCUUACUGCAGCCUUACACUGACCAAGAGAGACGAUACCUUACAAUAGCACAUUUGCCUUCUGUGACUGUUCUGAAUGGAAGUGUGGUGACAGACGGAGAAAGAGAGGAUGCUGAACGCUUCUACAUCCGCUAUCACCUGGACUGUCCUGAGGAUGAGUUACCACAGAGGUUUCACAAUCUUGUGGCCCGUUAUGGGCGCUUGGCACCACUGGCAGACGUGGAUUUGCGUCCACUGAGCUGUGCCCAGGUUGAGCUGCACUUUGGGGACAACAUCGAGCAGCUGGAGCUCCGGCUGGACCAGACUGUGGCCGACCUCAAGAAGCAGCUCAGGCCUGUGGUCCAGCUCCCGGUCAACAAAAUGCGCGUCUACUACAUUGACAGGCAGCUGGGUUACGCAUUAGCACCUCAAGAGCUCAAGUAUGGAGCCCGAGCCCUCCAUUCCUACAGCAUACGGGAUGGAGAUGAGAUCCUGGUAGUGCCAAAGAGUCAGUGAAUAAAGCGAUAUGAUCACAGAGACAGUGGUUAAAAAAGGGACCAGUUGGUAUGGAAGAUGGAAAUAAAGAUCUCCCAGUAAAGCCAGUGUAAACAAUGAGUUCCAAAUCAAUUUAUAAAUCAGUGAAUCACUCUGUCUUGUGGGAAGUCAGAGAGAGAAGGGCUGCGUGCCGUAAAAGCUGACCAUUUACUAUGUUGAACCUGAGAGAUCUAAUGCUGUCCAGCAGAAAUAAUCAUUUCCAAAAAGACUAUUGGGAUUGGGAUAUAACAUCUUCUGUUGUUGCUACAUUAUUACUUUUGAAGAGAAAGGUCAUUGGUGUAUUUUUUUGUCAAAGAUAACCAAGGUUUCAAAGGUUCGAACUCAUCCCAUUGAGAGUUUCUUGCGUUACACAUACAGUAUGCAUAUGUGCAUGAGACUGCUUCUCAGGAACAACUAAUCCCAUGCAUUUCCAAGUAUUUUUACCACUUACGGUCUACAAUACACAUUAUUGUUAAGACACAAUCCUAUAUUACAAGUAUUACAGUCUCACACAUAAACACAUAUCUCAGUGUAUAAAGAAUUUACAAAUCUCUAAUUUUAAUCAUACUCAAUUUUAAAUUCAGAUCAAGCUAAUAAAAGCUUGCAUAGUGAUAUUGACUUAGUGAGUCUGAUCUGGCCUCAUGCUAUGAGCUACAGUAUUCCCUUAACAUUCAUUCUGGUAGGGCUCCCUGCUACAAGGGUGGUUAGAGAAAGAAAUGUUGCCUUAGCUUUUCCUAGGGGCUAGCACCGUAUGAUGAAUGGAUCAGGACUGGCCUAGUCAAUGGCAGGUUUGUGUUUGAUUGAUGCAGAACACACUGAUCCCUGGCUGUGGUAACACCAUCUCAGUCACACAGCCAGGACGGCUUUCUCCCUGCUUAGAUUACAAUAGGGUCACCCACCACACUGAAACCUCUCUGGGUUCAUGUGUCUCUUCACAUGCAGUUCACAUCCUCAUGCCUAGCUUCCCUUAUUAAGACCACUUAAUGUUUCCAAUGGGGUGGAACUCAGCUUCACAUCACAUGAGAAUCUAGUCAUUUGAUAUACAUUUGCCUGAGCAACCUUCCUUUUAUUCCAUUUAUGCAGAAAUGCCUUUGAGGCUUUCUGGCAAUUGUUGGUCCUCUUGGUCAGUUUCCUGUCUCAUAUUGGUGCACAAGUAAGACUUGAUAUGUCCAGUUAGUGUUUGUCAAAGUUGGCUCACACUAAAAAAUGGGCCAGCAUGAAUAAAACUGCUGUAAUUUGGCAUGCAAUCCUUCAGCAGUUGUAUUUAUUGUGCUUUUCAGGUAGAUUAUUUAUUAAGGUUUUUAACAUAAUUACAAUAUCCACAGUAUAUUUAGGCUGCGGGCUCAGUAAUGUAAGUCACAUAUUGAGAAAAAAAGAGUUUAUCAAAAAAGCGCUUCUUAUUGGUUUGGUAUAAUUUUAUGUGUAACAGAUUUUAAAGAACUGAAUAUAAAAAAAAAAAAAAAGAAAAAACCUUUUUAACUUUUUCAUAUUCGUUUUAUUAAUAUAUAGUUUUGGUUGUGAUACAUAAAGAAAAUUCAGGCUUUAUAUUAUCUUGCAUGUGUUCAAGAAGGCUAGACACAUGCAUUUGAGCCAAGUCAUGUGGUGAUACUUAUUUUUGUUAUGUACUUGCUUUUGUCAUAUAAUGUACAACUGCAUGAACAUUUAUGAACAUGUAUGAGUGGACAGUACAUCAUUACUGACAACUGAGUCAUCUGCAAAGUCGGUUUUAAAAUGGUCAAUUCAUGCCAGUCUUUACAUUUUAGGUUUUGAAUUACCAUGCCUCGACCCUCAAUUCCCAGCAAAGUGGCUCUAAUCCUGAACUGGCUGAACUAGUGAUGCUAUAUGGACAGACUAUGUAUGCUAUCCCUUAGUGCAUAAAUUUAGUGUGGACAUUGUUACAUGCUUUGGUCUUAGUGUAGCAUCUUUUGUCUCACGGAUAAAUCAUUAUUGCUAUAUCACA